CUUUGCAAGUAUUUACAUACUAUUUACGUAGCCUCCUGGCAUCCUUUACUUAGUUGAAAAGGCUAUGAAUGGGUCCUAUGGCUCCGGGUGAAUAAAUAUCGUAGAGUCUUUUUCACACUCUAAAAAACUGGUGGCAUGAUGUUACAAUAUAUAUAUAUAUAUAUAGCUACCACAUGAACGCUCGUUAAAAAAAAUUGUUCCUUCCCGUCGCAACAGAUAUCGAUAUUUACCUUUUAAAGUACCUGUGCAAAUUUCAAAUAAACCUAUAAGACAGACAGACAUACUGUGUGAACUAUGGACGACGCAGCCACCGUGACAGGGUAUGUGUGGCCUGAUGUAGAGUACGGCUACAUAGCACAGCAGUAUGUGCCAUCCGCCACAGUACAACACCUGCACGCCAUGCCCAGGAUAGCAGCAGACAGCACCUUUGACGCGACGCAGUGGGCAUAUGUGAGGGGGUUGAUCUACAUCACCAUUCCCUUCAUGGUCUUAGGUCUGGUGAUGCUGGUUGGUACGCUGGUGUUCAUGUGCCGCUGUGGCAGUGGUAGUGGCUAUCACAUGAGUGGUCGUGUAGAGCAACCCUCCACCCGUGCGUGCAUUAAAGCGUCGUCCGUAGUUCUGGCGCUUUUGACCAUUGGUGCCUGUGGAGUGGCCAUCUAUGGAGAUGUACUGAUGGCGCAGGGCAUAGACCUCUUCACCAACACGUACACAAAUGCCACAGAUAUUAUUGCGGACAUCGAGUCCAUGGCACCGCAGGUAGAGACGGUAGCAUUAGCAGCGGUAGACAUACUCGAGGACGUUAGUGAGCUGUGUCCAGACACGUCAGAAACCAUCGAAGGUGCCGUUGCAGUUGUUACGGCUGGGUCUGCCCAAGUAGUACAAGAGCUCAACAAUGUGGUAGAGCGCGUAGGCGAGUUCUAUACCAAUGCCGAAGAUUACCAAGAUAAGCUCAGCACCAUCUGUCUCGCACAGCAAAUCGUCUUGUGCGCGUUUUUUGCGUUGAUGGCUCUCCUGUCUCUGGUGGUCGUGAAUACCGUCUUCGUCUCUCCCGCAUUACUAGAAGACACUGUCCCGUUUGAACUUUCCGACCGGUACGCCCUAUUUAAGGGGUGCAGGGCGUGGCUACGGGUGUUCCUACUUCCGCUGAGUGUGAUGGUGGUGGUGCUGGCGUUCGUUGCGGUGGCUGCGAGUUUCUUUGUGACUAUCGGCGCAGUGGACUUCUGCAUUGCACCAGACGAGUACAUCUCAGCUCAACUGGCCACCAAUGUGGAAGAACGCUUAAGCUACUACAUCCACGGGUGUGAUGGCGUUAACCCCAACACGCAGCUGAUCGAAGACAGUGCCCAGUGGAUGGUACAGGCAGAGGAUCUGCUGUGGGCACAGGUGGAUGGCACUGACAAUUGCCCAGCCAACGCACACGACGACUACACCGACCUUAUGACACGCCUCAACCAGACGGUGGAUGUGGGACUGCAAUUGGUGAACAGUGCGCGUGGCUAUGUCUCCUGUCGCACGGUCAACGGAAUAUAUUCCGAGGCUGUGCAUUCGGCGGGGUGUGCGUCUGUGAUGGACGGUCUGCUGUUCCUGUGGGCGGGUGCGCUGGUGUGUUCUGUGGCGUUUGCGGUGACUGUGAUGGUGUACCCGAGGUAUGUGACCACAUCGCUGCAAGCCAUGGAGGACAAAUGGGAGUCCACAACGUCGGUGACGGGGCUGAAAGAAAAGACCGGUACAUGUCCCGGAAGUGAGGGCUGGGACGAGGCGUGGAGAAAUUUGUAGCUGGGUCGAUGGUAGUACCAUUGGCGGGUUAGGACGGAUGUAUCGAUACGUGGGUGCUAGUGAGCAUUGCAAGACAUGUCGACAAGGAGGCAUUAUAGGAUACAAUAGUUGAUCAGUACGAAUACGUUUCAUAGUAAUUGGACAAGUAUUGUAAUGAUUAGAUAAAUAAAUAGGAUAAUAAUUAGACAAAAAGUAGUACAAUAAUUGAACAUACAAGUAUCUAUAGUACUUGAACAAAUAAACUAUUAUAAAAAUUGGACA